AUGCCUGGGAGGCGCCCACUAGGCCGAGCUCUGGGCGAGACUAAGGAGACUAACUCGACCAAAUUUCCCCUUCAGCCCGUCAUCUUGAGGGCCAUUUAUUGCCUCGUUUACUCGGGACCAACCAACCCACUCAUCCAGGGGACUCUCCUGAAUGGUCCAAGUAGAUUCUUGCUUCUUCGAGACCCGAAAUCCGAGGUCAACCACUUCUCGGACGCAGCGAGCCUGAGGAGUCAUGGGGUCCCAAAAGGGUCUGGCCGGUUCUCAACCCUGCCCUGGAUCCAUCGGGGCAUUCAGCCACAGGCUCCACUUAAAGCUAUUUCCGAAGGCGUGAUUGGUUUGGGCCGCUGCAGCAAGGGAGUCGACACCUACUGUCGCUCGACUUUAGUCUACCUCAUUUACGAGAAUGACCCGAAGGUCAAUGCAUGCGUAAGCUCAGCUGGAUCUCUAGCGUGGCCCUUACUUGCAAGGCUACUACCUUUUCUGCAAGCAUUGUACUGA